AUGGAAAGAGUUGCAUUGCAAACUCUGCCUUCUGCAGUGAUGAACUCGGCAGCCCUCCAGGGUCCCAUCAUUCAAGACCAUAUAUACGUCAACUGUGAGUCCGUGGCCAUGGGCAAAGAAACAACACCUCAUAUGUGCAUGUCUCCUCCUUUUAGGGAGGAAGGUGAACGCCUCUUUCUUGUUGCCGAGUCUAGUCUGCGAGAGCUCCUGUCGGAAUUCUUGUGCUGUGGUGUCAGUGAGCUUACCACCACGAUAAAGCCAAGAGGGACAUGGGUACAAGCUACGACAACGUGCAGCUGCGGCAGGAAGCGAAUCUGGUCUAGUCAACCCUGGGUCGGAAGCAGACCUUUGGGCAACGUGCUGCUGUGUACGGCCAUACUGUUUUCUGGGAUGAACGUGGCAAAGGCUCUUCGCAUGUUUGAAAUGUUGAGGGUGCCAGCACUGUCCAAGUCGCAGUAUUACAGGACCCAGAAGGAGUACCUCAUUCCCGCUGUCAGUUAUGUUUAUCAGACUAGACAGAAGGAACUCCUUGGACAGCUGCAGCCACGUCCCCUAACCAUUGCCGGAGAUGGGAGAUGUGAUUCUCCUGGACACACUGCCCUCUAUGGAACCUACACCCUGCUCGAGACCACUGCCAACCGCAUAAUACACUUUGAAUUGGUCAAGGCAACCGAGGUAUCGAGCAGUAAUGCCAUGGAGAAGCAUGGGUUACAGAGGUGCCUGGCAUUCCUUGAAUGGAAUGAUAUGGUCGUAGACACCCUUAUUACAGACAGACACACUGGAAUCAAGGCGAUGAUGAGGGACUGCUGCCCCCAGAUAAAACAUCGCUUUGAUGUGUGGCACGUCGUCAAAGGGGUAAAGAAGAAGCUAUUGGCACUUGGCCGCUCUGCAAGCCAUCAAGUGGUGAACUUGUGGGUUGAUAGCCUCGUUCGCCAUGCCUACUGGUGCCCAAAGACGAGUGGAGGAGACGGCGACCUUUGUCUUGCAAAGUGGAUGUCGGCCCUCAACCACAUUGUGGACGUCCAUGAGCAUGAUGAUCCCGUCUACCCAGUUUGCUACCAUGGUGCGACCUCGGAACCCCGUGAGUGGUUGAAGGAAGACAGUGAAACUUACAGGAAGGUCACAGACAUUAUUGCAGCACCUGCCCUCCUCAAGGACAUCCCUCAGCUGUCCUCCCAAGACCAAACGUACGGUCUGGAAGCCUUCCACAGCGUCAUGCUGCACUUCACGCCAAAGACAUUUUCGUUCCAUGAUGAGGGAAUGCUAGCCAGGACACAACUGGCCGUACUUCACUAUAACGAAAAUGCCGACCGUGCGCAAUUGGAAAAAGAGGGGUCCAAGCAGUACCGCCUGAAGCCUUCAAAGGUUAAGAAGGCAUGGCUUGUGGUACCUGUGAAGGAAGAUGCAACGUACGAAUAUGCGACGGCACUUACAGCAGAGGUGUUACGUCGCAUCAAACAGAAACACAAAGAACCACCAGCAGUGGAAGCUCGCCCAGCACGGUCAGCCUCUUAUGGUGAAAGGCCAACCUUGGAAGAAGCUAUGGAACGUUUUCAAUCAAGGUUCCGGAAGUAAAUGUGGCUCCCUACUGGCAAUAAAAUUUGACAGCCGACCAGGAUGCACCAGCCUUGAUUCCAGCAACAAAAACGGCCCUUUUCAGGGCCACCCAACUUUUGCCACAAGAGGCUUUGCCUGCGUGCAGAUGACCCUUUCAGAGGAACAUUAUAGAAUGAUAGCCUUAUUGAUUUUUUAUACACCAAGAACAUGAAAUAAUAUCUGUUCUUUCCUUUCUUUCAGGAGCAUACACCUGCAACACCAGGGAACGUAACCACAGUGGCUGCCUACAAAAUGUAUCCUAACAAGGAAUAAAUGUCUAGGAAGAGGAAAACAAAGGAGAGACUUGCAUAGCGUAUUAGUACACCAGAUAUGGA